AUGUCGUCUAUGACGUUCGGCCAAAAAUCGUUUACCCCUUCUCCGCCAGAUAAGGGAAGUUUUCCGUUGGAUCACGAAGGGCUGUGCAAGCGUCCGAUGCUUAAGUACAUGUUAUGUUUGACGCAGAACAACAAUCGUAAUUCCGAGUGUCGCCAAGAAGCCAAGGAUUACCUGGAAUGUCGGAUGGAGAAUAACCUGAUGGCCAAGGAAGAUUUCAAAAAAUUAGCCUUCGAUAUCAGAAUGACAAAGAAAAACGUUUUACUCAUGUGUACCGGUAGCGUCGCAUCGCUCAAAGUUCCCGAAAUCAGUAAAGCGCUGCUGUCUACCGGUAUGUUCUGCAUACGUGUUGUCGUGACCGAAAAAGCCAAGCAUUUCUUUGACUUGAAAGACUUGCCCCCUGGAGUUGAUAGUUUUUCUGAUGAUCUUGAAUGGUCGUCCUGGGAGAAACGUGGAGACCCAGUUUUGCAUAUCGAGUUGAGGAAGUGGGCUGAUAUCGGGCUCGUCGCCCCAUUGGAUGCCAAUACGUUGGGCAAAGUCGCUGCCGGGAUUGCCGACAACCUCGUCACUUGCUGCCUUCGUGCUUGGGAUUUUUCUAGACCGCUAUUGGUUUGUCCUGCGAUGAAUACUCAGAUGUGGUUGCAUCCAGUGACAUCCAGUAAUUUGCGCAUUCUAGAGUCGUGGGGAUUUCGAGUGAUACAGUGCAUUGAGAAGACUCUAGUUUGUGGAGACACGGGGUUAGGUGCAAUGGCCGAAAUUCACGAAAUCGUCGCGAAAGCUGUAGAAGCAAUGAAAAGUGAAUGA